AGUCUGCGGCAGCCAAUAGCAACAGGUAUCGGUCAAAAGGGGAGGCAAUGAUGGCGCUGGCCUUCUGAAGCGGGGAAGGGGCGAAGCAGCGAAGGCGCGAGCGAGCGAAGGAGUGACCGAGUGGCAGCCGUCGGCGUCCUUCUUGGCGGCGGUUUAAGAUUAUUUGGAUUAUUGCCUGAUGUGAAAAAUGGGAGAAAUAGAAGGCACUUACAGAGUAUUGCAAACUCCAGGAUCUCGUUUGGGAGUGCAGAAAAAUUCUGGAGUGAGUACUCUGGAAGCAGGACAGAAUAUUUCUUCUGCCAUGGUCUCAACAUCUCCUAGAACAUAUGAAAGAUCUAUACAAAUCAAAGUCAAGCUUUUGGAUAACACUCAGGAAGUACUUGAUAUUGAGUCAAAAUGUUGCGGCCAGAAACUACUGACAGAGAUAUUUAAUCGUCUGAAUUUGAUUGAAUCUGACUAUUUUGGAAUUGAGUUCCAAAACGUGCAAUCAUAUUGGAUUUGGUUGGAGCCAAUGAAACCUAUUGUAAAGCAAGUAAGAAGACCAAAGAACACAGUGCUUCGUCUAGCUGUAAAGUUCUUUCCUCCAGAUCCUGGCCAAUUGCAAGAGGAGUAUACCAGAUAUCUGUUUGCACUGCAAAUGAAGAGAGAUCUGGCAGAGGAACGCCUCACCUGUAACGACAAUACAGCAGCACUCCUCAUAUCUCAUCUUCUACAAUCGGAAAUUGGAGAUUUUGAUGAAUCAGGAGAUCAUGAACAUCUUAAAAACAAUCAAUACUUUCCAAACCAGGAAAGACUGCAAGAAAAAAUAUUUGCAUUUCACAGAAAGCAUGUGGGCGAAACCCCUGCUGAAUCAGACUUUCAGGUGCUUGAAAUAGGUCGGAAAUUGGAGAUGUAUGGCAUGAGAUAUCACUUGGCAUGUGAUCGUGAAGGGACAAAAAUUAAUCUGGCUGUUUCAAACAUGGGUGUAUUGGUUUUCCAGGGCAAUAUAAAAAUCAAUACUUUCAACUGGUCCAAAAUCCGAAAAAUAAGUUUCAAGAGAAAACGAUUUCUUAUCAAGCUUCAUCCAGAGGUUCAUGGUCCAUAUCAGGAUACUUUGGAAUUUCUUUUGGGAGGUAGAGAUGAGUGCAAGAACCUCUGGAAGAUAUGUGUUGAGUAUCAUACGUUCUUUAGGUUAUCUGAUCAACCAAAACCAAAACCAAAACCAGUCUUCUUCAGCAGAGGAUCAUCUUUCAGAUACAGUGGACGAACACAAAAACAAUUGGUGGAUUAUGUUAGAGAGAGUGGGUUGAAGAAAAUUCCUUAUGCAAGGAGGCAUAGCAAAACUAGAAUGUCUGCUCACACCUUGAGUCCUGAUGCACCCAAACAGAGUAUCUCGUUUACAGAGGGGUUAAGAAUCCCAGCAUCUAAUGCAUGCACAUAUGCCUCCUUCCAUAUGGAUAAUUUAUUACCUUCAAACAUUGCCAGCUUGUCCUCUUUGACAGAAAGCAAUUCUUUCUUUUUGGAACCCAGAAUGUCACAUGGAGGGAGCUUGUCAGCAGAAGGAAAUAGUAUAAUAUCAGAAGAAUCUGGGAAGAAAGUGGUACAACAGCCUGCAUCACCAAACCUCCAGUCAUUCCAAGGUGUUGGGAUUUGUAAUGUUGAAGAAAACUACAGCCCCAUUUGUUCUGAUGUUGAGAAUCAUUGUGCUUUAGAAAUAGCAGUAGACAAGUAUAGCAAAGAAGGCAGGAUAACUUACAACAAUGACAAUGAUGAGGAGGAUGAUUUUACCACAAGCAUGGUCAUUGCUGGUAAACAGCGUCAACUUCAAGAUCCUCAACUAUCUUCUUUUAAAGUGAAGAGUCCAAUAUCCUUGAGUCCCCUAUUACAGGAAACUGUGACCCAGGGCUCAUCUCUGCUGAGUCCUGUCCUGAGUGAUGUUAGUGGAGCCAGGUUUGAAGAAGAGGAUGAAACGAAACAUAAAAAAUGCCCAACAGACAAAGCAUAUUUCAUUGCAAAGGAAAUCCUUGCUACUGAACGAACAUACCUAAAAGACCUGGAAGUUCUAACUCUAUGGUUCCGCAGUGCAGUUGUCAAGGAGAAUGCAAUGCCUGAAGGUCUCAUGACCUUAUUCUUCUCCAAUAUAGAUCCUAUCUAUGAGUUUCACAGAGGCUUUUUGAAAGAGCUUGAGCAGAGACUAGCAGUCUGGGAAGGGCAACCAAGUUCUGGUAAAGGAGAUUAUCAGCGGAUUGGAGAUGUCAUGCUGAGAAAUGUGCAAAUAUUGAAGGAAUUUACUAACUAUCUGCAAAAACAUGAUGAAGUCUUGAUGGAGCUUGAGAAAGCAACUAAGCGUAUUAAGAAACUGGAAAUAGUUUAUAAGGAAUUUGAACUCCAAAGAGUUUGCUAUUUACCCCUUAAUACUUUCCUGCUCAAGCCUAUCCACCGUAUAAUGUACUACAAGCUGAUCUUGGGAAGACUUUGUAAACACUAUCCAGCUGAUCAUCGAGACUACAUUGAUUGCAGGAAUGCACUGAAGGAAAUUGCAGAUAUGACAUCGCAACUUCAAAACAGUUUGAUCCGGCUGGAGAAUUUCCAGAAGCUAAUAGAACUACAGCAUGAUCUUCUUGGCACUGAUAAUCUCAUAGCACCUGGAAGGGAAUUUAUUCGAGAGGGUUGUUUGUACAAACUUACCAAAAAGGGCUUACAGCAAAGAAUGUUCUUUCUGUUUUCAGAUAUGUUGCUGUAUACAAGUAAAGGUGUAACAGGGACCAAUCAGUUCAAAAUACGAGGACACCUCCCGCUGCAUGGGAUGCUGGUGGAAGAAAGUGAAAAUGAAUGGUCUGUCCCUCAUUGCUUCACAAUCUAUUCAGCUCAAAAAACUGUAGUAGUGGCAGCAAGCACUCGUCUGGAAAUGGGAAAAUGGUUGGAGGACUUGAAUAUGGCAAUUGAAAUGGCCAAGAAAAUGGUUGAGAAAUCAGGCAUAUUCCUUGAAAAUUCUCUAUCCAACCGUUCUAACAGAUCCUCAGAUGAGGUUUCUCUAGAGCAGGAGUCCGAAGAGGACAUUCAUUCUUCUCGUAGCUCCCUGGACAGGCAGAGCCACCACCGGGCCAACACUACCAUACAUGUCUGUUGGUACCGCAAUACCAGUGUCUCCAUGACUGAUCACAGUGUGGCCGUCGAGAACCAACUAUCAGGGUAUCUGCUGAGGAAGUUCAAAAAUAGUAAUGGUUGGCAGAAGCUGUGGGUUGUUUUUACAAAUUUCUGUCUGUUCUUUUACAAAACACACCAGGAUGAUUAUCCACUGGCAAGUUUACCACUUAUUGGUUACACAAUCAACAUGCCCACAGAGGCAGAUGGCAUUCAGAAAGAUUAUGUCUUCAAGCUGCAGUUUAAGUCUCAUGUCUACUUCUUCAGGGCUGAGAGCAAGUAUACUUUUGAAAGGUGGGUGGAAGUAAUAAAGAGAGCCACAAGUUCUCCUGGAAGAUCUAGCCUUCUGACUCCAAAGGAUGAAAAGGAAAGUAACAUAAACUGAAAAGAUAGAGCUGGCUCUCUGUUGUAAAUUAUGUGCAGCAGUCUGGUGGAAGUCAGGAGUCUGACUUUGGCAACAAUGAAAGGAGACCUCUGUUACUCGCUGUAGACGGUGGACAAUUUCAUACUGUAGUAUGAAACACGGACUAAACUCCCACUGAACUCAAAUCCAAAGAGAGAACAUGGUGCUGGAUUUAUAUAUGGCUCAAUGUUGUUGUUUCUAUUUAUAUGAAUAGAUUAAUUGGAAGUGUUUGGCUGGUCUGAAAUCUUGUGAUUUUGAAUUGAUUUCCUAGAACCCUUGAAUGUUUAGUUUGUAUUUAGUAACAAUCUUUAUUUGCACACCAGAUAGGCAACCUCUCCCCCAUAUUUUGCAAGCUAGCUUUACAUUGUUUAUAUCAUAUUUCAACUUUCAGUAAAAUGGAGAGUUCUAAAAAUUGCCAGCAACAUAAAUUUUAAUUUUCCAAAAUUGAUAUGAUGCUUUUUUUGUAGAGGAAGCAAGCAAAUUGUCUGGAAAUUUUGCUCAGAGCAUGCAGUUAAUUCUGAUACAAAGGAAAUCAUGUCUGUAUCACUGCAAUUAAUAUUUUGAGUUCCCUGUGUCCUGAUAUUGUUCCCAUUAGCUUCCUAUAUCUAUGUGCUUCUCAUGACUUUUGAAUAAUGUUCUUUUAUUUUCUUUCUCUCUUUAUAACUCUGGAGUUAUAAAUAUGGAUCCAACUUUGUGGAAUAGGAAAGUCAGUUUAAAAAAUAGCCUAUUCCCUUUGUAGCAAAAAAAAAUGCCUGCCGCUGCAUGUCCAAACAGAAUCAAUAUUUUUUUUCAAAAAAUCUGAAGCAGCAGUAGAAGGCUGGGUGUUUAUGACCACUAAUUAUGGAUAAAUAAUGAAGUACUAAUGAAUUUUUAUUCAAAGGAAUAAAUAAAUGCCAAUGAUUUACAAUGUAAAACUGGAACAGGCAUAACUUCAAAUGUAUACAACAUUCUGUUAUUAUGAUGGUUCAUUUAAUUUAGAUACCACACAGCUACAAGUCAGAAAUAACAGAUAUCCCAUUCACAGUUGUCUCCUGUAACUUAGUGCCAUUGUCCUAUGUCAUGAAAGCAAAGUUAACGUGUCUGUCUAUAUCAGGGGUAUCAAACUUACGUCGUCAUGGCAGCAUCACAUGACGUAUCAGGACUUUUUCCCCCUUCGCUAAACUGGGCAUGGGCGUGGCCAGCAUGUGACGCAUCCAGCCCAUGGGCCGGGAGUUUGACAGCCCUGGUCUUUAUGGUAUGUUUCAGUGAAGAUGGAAAAAAACCUACUCUAGCAAGAAGGCUCCAUGUUUCUUACAUGGCCACAUAUUGUCUUUGGGUAGCAGUGUAAAGUAGCUACAGAGGGCUGGUGUUAAUACAGCUCUAUUUGUUAGAUUGAGCAACAAUGUGGUGAUGGGUGUUGUACUGUAGGAGAAAGAAUGUGGGGUGAAAUGUUAUCUUUGUAUUUUGAAAGGUGGGAGGCUGAAAAUAGGACUUUACAAAAAUUUUGAUUCAGUUCAUUACUCAUGGAAUUGAUUCAAAAACUAUAUAAAAUUAGGGUUUCUUUCCCACAGAGGGAAAAGGGAAAAUUUUGACAUCUUUCUUGAUGAGGAGCAAAUUCCUAAAGAUUUAUUUAACAUAAUGGCCAUUUAUUAUAUCUUCUGUCUUUAUUUAUUAGUAUGUUUUUGGAAAUAAACUAUUAUAGAUCUCUUAAAUACGUUUCACUGUAAUCAAUCAUGCGUAAUCUGGGCUUUCUAAUAGUUGAUAGGAUUUCACAAAUAAUAUAUGGGAACAGCAGACCCAAUAGGGCAGGGGUUGUUGGAUUUUUAUUUAUUUAUUAAGCUACUUAAUUUAGCUACUUUAUUAAGCUACUUUCAAAUUCACAAUAUUCCCUAGUAAACUUUAGCAAGGAUUUAGUCACCUUCUCUCCCCGCACUUUCUCCUAACCAUUCAAUAGAUUCAAAUUAAAAAGACAUUGUAACUUUUUUUCCCAUUUGUGAAUAUCUUACGUUUUUCUAACUGUGUAUAUGCUUGUGAGCUAUGAAACUGCUCUAACAUGCACAUUCACCUUGGAGUUUAAAAUUAUGCUACUCUCUAUAUAUCCUUCUUUAAAGAGAACUGAGGUGGCGCAGUGGUUAGAAUGCAGUACUGCAAGUUGCUUCUGCUGCCUGCUGGCUGCCUGCAAUUGGGCAGUUCGAAUCUCACUGGCUCAAGGUUGACUCAGCCUUCCAUCCUUCCGAAGUUGGUAAAAUGAGGACCCACAUUGUUGGGGGCAAUAUGCUGACUCUGUAAACCGCUUAGAGAGGGCUGUAAAGCACUAUGAAGCGGUGCAGAAGUCUAAGUGCUAUUUGCUAUUAAAGAUAAGGCUAAAAAUAUAUUGUCCUUCUCUUCCCCAAUUGACACCUGAGGUAUAGUGGCAAUGAGUAGAAAAACUCCUAUGACACAUCCUCUUCUUGACUCUGGCAGAGUUUUCGAGGUGGGAUCCUCCAUAUCAGAUGCUCCCCCCACCAUCCAAGAAAAAAAAAAUAACUUCAGCCAUGUAAUAAUAUCCAACCCUUUUUAAUUUCCAGU